UACAUAUAACAGUGUACCAAUAAAAGGACAUUUUAAUUUGAUUGAAAUUGUGUUUCUUGCUGAAAUUGUGUAUAGUUUUAGCACUUAGAGCUAAAACUAAUUGUGUAUAGUUUUAGCUCUUAAUUAUUUCCUAUUUUUCUUAGUAGAUCUUGUUGCUAGCAACUACCAACAAUCACUAGCUGAUGAAGUUCUUAAUGCUGAGAUGCCAGGUUUUGCUACAGCCCACUGUGUCCAGUACCACAAGUUGCAGAAUCCACAGCGACAAAGUACAAGUAUUGGGUUGUCUGGAUGCAGCUCAAGGCAGUAUAACCAUCGCCCUGGUCUCUCACAAUGUGCACAAAAUAGGCUGCCAUUGGAUAUAUCACAGACAAACUCCGACCAGAAUGAUGUAUUGGAUUCAGCGCCUAAUCAAGGUUUCGAAGAUGCAACCACACAAAGGGCCAGCAAUAAUGGGCAGCUUUUGAGAGACCUCGCUAUCCAUAAGAUGACAUCGAUGCUUGCUGAAGCUCUUGUGAUUGUGAAGGAUCUAUCCAGAGAUGUCCAAUUCAUUAAGAACAAUUUGGCUCAGAGUAACAUUACACCAGGUAGCACACAAGGACCAGCAAACCUUGUACUCCCCUUCCAGCUGCCAAUUGAAAGUGAAGAAGAUUUCAGUAAAGCGGAGUCAUUACUGAUUGAAGAGACAGUGCGUCAAAAGAUGAUUGCUCGACUGGCUCUAGUAGGAGGCACCAAUUCAGCCAACAUGAUAAGAAGAAUGUUGACAACUUGUAUGAGAAAUGCCCUGGCAAGUCAGUUCAACUGGGCUGGGAAGAAACAUAGGCAUUCCCAGAGUAAAAAGCCAUUCAAGGACACAAUCCUGCAAGAGUGCAUAUUAGUUGCUGCUCGUCAAUUCGAACCAGGCCUAACUGAUCAAAAUUACAGCGAAACAGUAAAGAAAUGGUUUCGCUAUGCACCAGACCGGGAGGGAGGCAUUGAAAGGCAACCAAAGGGACGGCCAGAAGACUGAAAUUAAAUAAAAUAUUUAAGCAAUGCCA